GUUAAAAUCAGUGACAGCUUCAGUCAUACUCCAGAAAUAUUACCUCUGUACUCAGUCAGUUCCCCAGUCAACAGUAAUAUCACCUCUGUACUCAGUCAGUUCCCCAGUCAACAGAUUGCAAAUGUGAUAGACAGCCAUGCUGCCACUCUUACAAGAAGAACAGAGAGAGAAAACUUCUUCAUGACAACACAGGGCAUAGUUCAACUAGUUCAGAGGUACCGGAAUGGAAUCCGAGGUCACAUGAAGAGUGUGGUACAAGACUUACUGAAACAGUAUGUCAGGGUAGAAGUCCAAUUUCAACAUGGUCACUAUGACAAGUGUAUAGCUCAGCUAAUAUCUAAGACUAAGGACAUGUCCGCAGUGGCUGGUAGCAUCUUCUCUCAUCUGGCCGUACAGAAGAAAAACAUCCUCAUCACCAUGCUCAUUGACCACCUGUGCAAGAAAGAAGCGGGUCUGACUGAUGAGCUGGCCUCCAUACUGACUGAGCUCACCACACUGAACAAUGCAGAGAACGCUAAAGUAGCUCUCAGGGCCAGACAGGUGUUGAUAGCAGCUCACACUCCCCCUUAUGAACUACGACAUAACCAGAUGGAAUCCAUCUUCCUGUCGGCCAUUGAUAUGUAUGGACCAGAGUUCAAUCCAGAAAAUCUACAGAAAAUCAUCCAUUCAGAGACAGCCAUUUAUGACAUCCUUCAGGAAUUCUUCUGGCACACUAACAACCUGGUCAGAUCUGCUGCCUUAGAGGUGUACAUAAGGAGAGCGUACAUUGCGUAUGAGGUGAACUGUCUCCAGCACAGAGAACUGAAUGGGGACAUGUCAAUGGUGGAAUUCAGGUUCCUUCUCCCCAGGUCACACCCCAACAGGCUGAUGGUGAUGCGUUAUGACAGCAGUGACAAGGUGUCGGGUCUGUCAGACCCUGAGGCCCACAUCGAUCAGCUGGAGGAACUGCCCACCUGUCAGAGAAUGGGCAUCAUGGCCUCAUUUAACUCCAUGGCUGAAUUCGAAAUCCACUUUGAGCAGGUGUUGGAGUGCUUUACAGUGGAGUCAGACAGCCCACCUAGCAGUCCCACUAUACUGGCCAAGAGUCCCGCCGGCAACGAGGACUCCAUCUCUCUUCAUAGUUCCUCAGAUCCAGAUGAACCUAUUCAUAUCAUCAAUGUAGGAAUUAAGUUCAGCAAAAAGGAGAAGUAUGAUGACAAUGCCCUGGCAGUCAAGUUCCAGGAUUUCUGUAAAGAGAGGGAGCAGUAUCUGUGUGAGAAGGCCAUCAGAAGAAUCACAUUCCUAGUCUACUGUAGGAGAAGUUCCCCAAAAUAUUUCACAUAUCGUGCCAAGUUUGAUUUUGGUGAGGACAGGAUUUACCGACAUUUAGAGCCCGCCCUGGCCUUCCAGCUGGAGAUCAACAGACUGAGGAACUUUGACCUGGAGGCCAUUCAGACCAACAACUACAAGAUGCACCUAUACCUAGGAAAAGCUAAGGUGGCAGCGGGACAGGAAGUGACAGAUUACAGAUUCUUUGUGAGGGUCAUCAUCAGGCACUCUGACCUUGUCACCAAGGAGGCGUCUUUUGAGUACUUACAAAAUGAAGCAGAGAGAACCCUCCUUGAGGCUUUAGAUUCAUUAGAAGUGGCAUUCUCACAUCCACUGUCCAAGAAGACUGACUGUAACCACAUAUUCCUGAACUUUGCACCAACUCUGACCAUUCCUGAACCAGGCAAGCUGGAGGAGACAGUCAGAGCUAUGGUGAUGAGAUACGGCAGUCGUCUCAUGAAGAUGAGAGUUCUCAAUGCCGAGCUCAAAUUCACUAUAAAGUUUGCCUCCAGUGAUACAAGCAUUCCUAUUCGUCUGUUCUUGACCAAUGAGAGUGGAUAUUACUUGGACAUGAGCAUGUAUAGGGAGGUCACAGAUCCUAACAUGGGACAAGUGAUGUUUGAAGCCUAUGGAACAAAACAAGGGGCCCUUCAUGGUCUACUGAUCAGCACCCCCUACCCCACAAAGGACCAUCUACAGUCCACUGUACAGCUAAAGAGAUUCCAGGCCCAGUCAAGCGGAACAACUUAUGUCUAUGAUUUUCCAGGAAUGUUCACUCAGGCCUUACAGAAGUUUUGGAAGGAUCACCGAGAGGAAAACAAGAUUCCAGCUGAUGCCUUCAGUUGUAUAGAGCUGGUCCUUGAUAAAGACAACAAUCUGUGUAAACAGAACAGACUGCCAGGGGAAAACGAGAUUGGAAUGGUGGCCUGGCAGAUGACCUUGAAGACACCAGAAUGUCCAGAGGGUCGUGACAUCAUUGUUAUAUCUAAUGACAUCACAUACAAGAUUGGCUCCUUUGGACCUGUAGAGGAUCUCCUGUUUAAGAAAGCCUCAGAGAAAGCCAGGAGAGAGGGACUUCCCCGAAUCUUCAUCUCAGCUAACAGUGGAGCCAGGAUAGGGCUGGCUGAGGAGAUCAAACACCUGUUUAAGGUGGCCUGGAAUGACCCCAAAGAUAUAGAAAAGGGAUUUAAAUACCUGUACCUGACCCCUGUAGAUUUUAAGAAAGUUAGUGCCAUGAAUUCCGUCCAUGCUGAACUUAUAGAAGAUGAGGGAGAACCCAGAUAUAAAAUUAUUGACGUUAUUGGUAGAGAGGAAGGACUGGGGGUAGAGAAUCUAAGAGGAUCAGGAAUGAUUGCUGGGGAAUCAUCUAUAGCUUACAAUGAUAUCAUUACAAUCAAUUUGGUAACCUGUGGAGCUAUAGGUAUUGGUGCCUUUCUGGUAACCUGUCCAGCUGUAGGUAUCGGUGCCUAUCUAUUUGUAGCUUAG